CUCUUGGAGGUAGAGCAAUUGUUUCUAAAAGACACUCUAUUCAAAAAACGCAUAUCAAAAUAAUUUAUAAAAAAAUACAUAAGUAAGGAAGUCAUAAUAAAUACUAGAGAAAUCACUACAUAACAUUCAUGAAAAAAGGAAUAAUAACAUCAAUAAACUAAUGUGAUAAUCAAAACACAAAAAAUUACAUUAAUGAAUAAAUUAAAAAGGAUGAAAUAGGCUUUGCCUAAAAUUCAAGAGAAAGAAUGUAUAUAGUCUAAAGUUGAAAGGUAGAAUUCAAUUUUUAACUUAAAUUGAAUAUAUGAAAAAAACUAAUUUUCACUCAUUUAAGUAUUGGAAUAUACUUUCGGAUAUUUUCUUGGUUAAAAACUUGUUUCUAAUACUCACUCAUAUUACUAUUAGCUAAAUAAACACUCAUAUAUUAUAACAGGGCCCAAAAAAACAAAACAAGAAUUAACAAACAAUAUUCAAACUUGAAAAGACAAGGCCAUAUUAGAACUUUCAGAUGCAAACUACCUGUAUUUACACAUGGUCUAAGUUGAUCCUGUCUCCAUUGUCCAGCAAAAAAAGAUAACUUUCAAGAACCCAACUUCCAUUCAUAGAAAAAAGAAAGGUAAAAGACUCAAUUUUUGGAUUUUCAAGAAUCUAAUGAACAGCCAAGGCUUGAAGUAGUAGUUCUUGAUUCUUCAGAAAAGUUCUGUUCUUUGAAGAUGAUUUUCAGAAGAAUUCUUGUUCUGAUGAUGGGUUGUCUAGGAUGUGCUGAUCAGACAACAGAACAAAAUGCUAAUAAUAAUAAUAUGGAAUCCAAGUCAUCAGUUAUAGAUGAAUCUGCUAUUACUACUUGUAGAGUCAGACUUAGUGAUGGGAGGUACCUGGCUUACAGAGAAAGAGGAGUACCCAAGAACAAGUGCAAAUACAGCAUCAUCCUUGUUCAUGGAUUUGGCAGCUCCAAAGAAAUGACCUUUAUGGCUUCUGAUGAACUCCUAGAUGGAAUGGAAAUAUACCUUCUGAUAUACGACAGAGCUGGAUAUGGAGAGAGCGAUCCAAAUCCAAAACGAUCAGUUAAGAGUGAAGCAUCUGAUAUCGAAGAGUUAGCUGAUCAAUUGCAAUUAGGAUCUAAGUAUUAUGUUAUUGGCGUGUCGUUGGGAUGUUACCCUGCUUGGAGCUGCAUCAAACACAUUCCUCAAAAGCUUGCAGGAGUAGCUUUAAUAGUUCCGUUUAUCAAUUACAAAUGGCGUUCGCUACCUGAUGAUCUCACGAAGGAUGAUUACAGGAAACAACUCUGCAGGUUUAUGCUUUUGCUCACUUGCUAUACUCCGGGGCUAUUACAUUGGUGGUUCACUCAAAAAAUGUUCCCAUCAGCUACUGUUCUUGAAGGAAAUCCAACUUUUUUUUGUGACAAAGACUUAACCGUCUUGAAGAAUACAGACGGAUAUCAGUUGUUCACUCAGGACGGGAUAAGAAAACGAAGGGUAUUUGACUCCCUUCGUCGUGACUUUAUUGUGGCAUUUAGCAAGUGGGAUUUUGAUCCACUGGAGCUAAGUAAUCCUUACCAACAAAAUGAAAGCUCUGUUCACAUAUGGCAAGGUUACGAGGACAAAGUUGUACCGGUUCAAUUACAAAGACAUGUCUCGCAAAUGCUUCCUUGGAUUCGGUAUCAUGAAGUUCCUGAUGGUGGUCAUUUGCUUGUGUAUGAUACUGUUGUGUGUGAAGCUGUCUUAAAAUCACUUUUGCUUGGGGAAGAUCCUCCUUUGUACAGGCCUAAAUUAGCUGUCUGAGUAUUAAUUCAUUCAUUGUACUCAAAGAUGACCAUCGUAAGUUACUCCCUCUGUUCCAAUUUGUUUAUCUUACUUUUUCGCUAAAACAAAAUGUAGUCUCUUUCCUUUUUCUUGGCAACUCGAUAAUCUCAACUUUUCACAAGACAUGUUUAAGGCCACAAGAUUAAAAGAUAUUUUGGUACGUUC